GUGUUCGCCAAUGCGAUAGUGUUUUCUCGUUUAUCGUUCGACGAUAUCUCGGUCGGUCAAGCGAGAAGGAACCUUGGAUACGAAAUUUCGGCCGAGACCUUGAGACGAGCCGAGUCGUUUCGUCAAAGUUGCUCGAGUCAGACGCGCUACUUGGCUCGCUUUGCGCCGGUUGUUCGUGCACUGCCGACCGACAUAUCGCGAACGUGAAAGAGAAAGAGGAAGAGAGAGAAAGAGAGAGAGAGAGAGAGAAAGAGAAAAAGAGAAAGAGGUUUGAGAUUCUCUUUUUUCUUUUUUCGGAUUUUGUGGUCGAUAGAGGGGAAGAGUUACGUAUCGAGGAAGAGUAUCGAAUUGUUUGGAUCGGAGGAGAGGAGGAGGGAGCCGAUGUUUGGUAAAAACAGGAAAAAAUGUCGGGUGAGACAGAGGGAUAGUUUCGUGGCAAGUUCAAGGCUGAGAAGAUUUGCGCGGUCGGCAAACUGGAUUCAUUGAGCGUGGACAAAUUGAGUGUCGAGAGUGCGUGCUCGCCUGGAUGAAGUUGCACCGAGCUACUGGAUGAUAGAGAGAUAGAGGAAUCGUUACGAUAGACAGGUGGCUCGGAAGAGAGGAAAAGAGGUUUUCAAAAGUGCGGGGAGAGACUGAGACGUCUCUGUAUCGGAUUCACUUUACUCCAGGCUUUAACUGUCAACCGAUCUACCGAACGAAAUUCGACAGAAGUCACAAAAAAUGGCUUUAAUAUGGUACAUUGGGAUUAUCACAAUCCUAGUUAUAGACAAAACACAGGCAGAUUUUAAGGUUUCAACUCAAGAUCUAACUGUUCAUUUAAAUAGUCAAGAAUCAUUUGAUUUGUACCUGACGGAAAUGUUAUCUGAAGAUGUAGUUGUAAAAUUCGAAGUGCAACAUCAAGAUUUAAUUCGUAUAAAUCCAGACGAAUUAAAAAUUAAUAAAAUUGAUAUACAAAAGAAUUGGUCUAUAAGUGUAAAAGGUCUCAAUGCAGGACAUUCAAUUGUUAGUGUUAAUGUCAUACCUAACAAUGUUUUAAAUUUUUCAGAUGCAUUUGUUAGAGUGACAGUUGAAAAAUCAGAUAUACUUUAUCACAUAAGUAUUGUGGUAGGAUGGUUUUACUUUUUAGCUUGGAGUGUGAGUUUUUAUCCACAAAUAUACAGUAAUUACAAACGCAAAAGUGUUGUAGGAUUAAAUUUUGAUUAUUUAUCAUUAAACUUAGUUGGUUUUAUUAUGUAUGCACUUUUCAAUUGUGGUCUGUUUUGGAUACCAAUAGUUGAGCUUGAAUAUUUUAAAAGAUAUCCAAAAGGUUUAAAUCCUGUACAAGUGAAUGAUAUUUUUUUCGCAUUGCAUGCAACAUUUGCGACUGUGAUAACUAUUAUUCAAUGCUUUAUUUAUGAGAUAGGAAAUCAAAGAGUAUCUACUACAGCACGUAUUAUUCAUGGAAUAUUUAUAGUUUUUAUUUUAAUUUCUAUAACAUUAGCUAUAGCAAAUGUAAUAACGUGGCUUGAUUUCCUAUAUUAUUGUAGUUAUGUUAAAUUGAGUAUAACGUUAAUUAAAUAUGUUCCACAAGCAUUUUAUAAUUAUAAAAGAAAAUCCACUGUUGGUUGGAGUAUUGGCAAUAUAUUUUUAGAUUUUACUGGUGGUAUGUUAUCAAUGUUGCAGAUGAUACUCAAUGCAUAUAAUUAUGAUGAUUGGGAAAGUAUUUUUGGAGAUCCCACAAAAUUUGGUUUGGGAUUCUUUUCAGUAGCAUUUGAUAUAUUUUUUAUCAUACAACACUAUGUUUUGUAUAGAGUAGAUAAUGAGAAUGCAAGAAGUAUCGAAAUACUGCAUAAACAAGAGAAUUCAUAUGACGAAGAUUCGGGGCGAUACCUGAAAGAUACGUAUUGUUGUGGUUUCCUAACUAGAAUAUCAUAAACAAAUAUAAUCUAUGAAAUUUCAUUUCAAUAGAAAUGAAAAUUCAAAGCUCAGUAUUUAAAACAUUUUAAUACAUAUCGUUAUCGUUAUCGUAUAACGUUAGAUAUACAAAAUUUACAUUCCAUUCAAAAUUUUGUAAUAUGUUUUUUUGUAAAUGAGAUUAUUUUAUUUUUAAAUGUUCUAACGAAUCUCAGUUGGUUGUUUAUUAUGCAAUAAAAAAAAUCCUUGCUUAAUAGU